UAUGAUUUGCUGCCGUUUGGAGUUUGAGGUCGCGUUUAAACCUUAAACACGUAUAAAUGUACGUUAAUAACGUAGCAACUGACACGCAGUUUACGAACUUUAUCGGGAGUAGAUAGCAGCAGCGGGUGAAUCAGAUAGAGUAAGAAUCUUUACACAGUGUGGGAUCACAGACAACCGUCUUUACAUGUUAAUGGUUCUGCUGACACCGGAAGAGCGAGCUGCCGCUGCUACGAUCUGAGUUUGCCCUUGCUGCAGGAAACUCUAACUUCAGUGAACUUCAUUGAAUCAAAAUCGCCAACAUGGAGGUCGUGGAAAACCUGAAAGAACUGAACAUGACGGCGGAUGAAGUGGAAAAAUUGGGAAAAGCUUUCAAAGACGACAAGUUCAGGGAGAUGCUGCGAGAGUACGCGGAGGAAAUAUCAGACCCGGAGAACAAGAAGAGGUACGAAGAGGAGAUCGCGCUUUUGGAGCAGCAGAGGGGACACAGCAUCGACUUCAUCCACCCGGAACCUUUCAGGGCUCUCCGGACGAGUGUGGACGGCAGUCGGAGGUGUUUCAUCAAUAUCUGCACCAACGAGAAAGUUGGAAAACCCGAAUGUAAGUGUGGUGUGUCGGAGGAUGGCCGUAGGGGGCAGAAUUGGUCCCUGCCCCACAGUCUGCACCCUGGCAGACAGGACACAGACCCCAAAGGGAACCAGAUCACCAUCUAUGAUGUCAUUUUCCACCCGGACACCCUCUACAUAGCAAGCAAAAACAAGAGAUUCAUGGACAUGGUGGACAGCACGGCCAUUCAGGGAAUCCAGAAGGCCUUUAAAGUCACUCUGGACCAAAACAAUGUGCGGCAGUUGAAAACAAAGUACAAGGGCACCCCCCAGCCUUGUGUCAUCCGAAAACCCAUACCUGGAUACAAAGCCGAGGGGCCCUCAGCGGAGCCUGACCUUCUUUCAUUCCCGUUCCCUCAUGAAAAAGUUCCUACCCCAUCCUCACAAACCAAACCCUCAGAGGCACCUGCAUCGAGAAACAGCAGUGAUGCAGAACCUAAAAGUUUCCAGAUCCCGCCUCAACAGAGCAAAGAGCCGACUAGGCCCAACUACACGGUGAAGUAUAGAUCUUUUGUCGAUCUGCAGGACUUCAGGUGUUCCAGAGACUCGGCUCAGAGCCCCAGGCCCAAAGAAAUAGUGGUCAUCAUUGACAUACCUCUGCUGAAGUCCGUCACAGACACCAGCCUUGAGGUGAAGAAGAGGAGUCUGCUGCUGAAUUCCGAGAAGCCGGCGUACAGGCUAGAGCUGCCUCUGGCCUACCCUGUGGACGAGGAAAAAGGAGAAGCCAAGUUUAACAAGCACAGAGGACAGCUGACGGUCACGCUGCCUGUUCUUCCAUCCGAUGAAGUGUUUGAUUUUAAUUUAGGGCCUGCGACAACUGUUGACGACGGUCAGCGAGUAGCUGAUGAAGGGAAGGUGAAGGAAAGUGAGGAGGAGAAAGGGAAGGAGCAGGAGAUGGGGAGUGAGGAAGGGGCUGAUGAGCAAAGAGGUGUUGAGGAGGAGGAGGAAGUAAAGCAGGAAGGGGUAGAUGAAGAGGAAAUGAAGCAGCAGACAAAGGGGGGAGGGGGAGAUUUGGAAGGAGAGGAGCAGAUGAGAGGAGAUCAGGGGGGUGUAGAGGGUGAGGAAAUAAGUGAAGCAGGUGAGGAGGAAAAAUGGAGAACGCAGAAGAGAGAGGGGGAAGAGAGUGAAGAUGUGGGAAGUGGUGUGGAGAAGGAGGCAAAAUGGAUGAAGCAGAACACAAAAGAAGAAAGAGGAGAGGAGGUGAAAGCAGAAGAGCAGAAACAGGAAAAUGUGGAUGAUGAAAAAUCGACUGCUGAACACUCCACAGAGGAGGAAGGAGUAAAUCUAACUUCAGAGAUCCAAGAGGAAACUGAAAAGACAAAGGAAGACCUACAAGAAAAUGUUCAGGUGGAAGCAGAUGUUGCACUUCAGAGUCACACAUCCAGUGAGGAAUUAUCAGCCAUGACAACCACUUCAGGCCACGACAUUGUAGAGGACGUUUCCGAUGGGACUGAAGUGUCUGCAACAGAUAAAGCAAACGAGUCGGGUAUUCUAUGUACGGGAGAGCAGAUCAACAGUGACGACCUGGACGAGGACGACCUGGACACGGAGCAGAUCUUCCAAACCCCAGUGCACAACAAACAGCCAACACCUGUGUUACUGAGAGAGAUUGAUGAAGAUGGAAAGGAAAAGGUAAUCAGUGAUCAUUCCACAUCUGCUGGGUUCAUCCUCCAUAACUCCCUGAUGUAUGAGCUGGACUGAGGACUGACUUUUCUUCUAAUACAGCGGUUUACAAUCUUAGUUCAUCUUAAAACAUUGGUCAAGUUAUUUUCAGUCACUUCAUUAAAGGUCCAGUGUGUAAGAUUUAGGUGAAAAGGAUCUAUUGGCAAAAAUUGAAUAUAAAAUAAUCCUAGUGGUGCUUUCACUGGUGCGUUUAAUCGUAACUGUACAAAUAGUUGUUUUCUUCAGACUGGACAAACUGAACCUUUUGAGUUGUCAUGACAACUGAAGGCUA